UAGGAGUAGGAGGAGGAGGAGCUCCGACUGUGCUGUGUCCCAGCAGUUUUUGUGCCUCUCAGCACUUGUUGUGUGUUUCUGUUUGAAGUAAAACAGCAGAUCCCUGACCUCAUAGAACAGCUAGUUUGGGAGGUAGUGACAAAGUAAGGGCUGAGGCCCCAGAUCUGCCUGGAGUCAGGCUGCUUCUACAAGUGCUGUGCCAGCCUCAGUAGUGUGGCUGCUCGGGCAGCACCGUUUCAGUUUCAUCAAAGGCUCAGGCAGGAGUGGAGAGGCGUGUAGAUAUCCCAUGGGGAAUAUAUUGACCUGUUGUGUGUGCCCCAAAGUCAGUUCCAACUGUGGCUGGCACAGGGGGAAGGUAGCAUCCAGUUAUGAAUCUGAUAUUUAUGAGGCUGUGGCUGCUACAAAAUCAGCAUCCACUACUGUAGAGCCUGGCAAGCUGGAUGUGGGAGCCACGGAGGGCCAUGACCUGCAGCACAUCAGCAACCAAAAGAUGCCCACAGCUCCUGUUCCAGACCUGGCGGAAUGUGACCUUGAUAUUGUGGAGGAGAUGUUACCUGAAAUGAUGGACUAUACAGCCCAAAAUUCCAACCCUCCUGUUCCAGACCUGGAGGAGUGUGACCUUGAUAUUCUGGAAAAUAAGAUGUUACCUGACAUGAUGGACUAUACAGCCCAAAAUUCCAACUGUUCCCCUGAGGACAGCCUGAGUUUAAAAUCUCUACCACCAAGUGAGGAAGACAAUGAUGACGCCCAGAUUUUACCAUCACAUGUCCAGGCUUCUCCUGAGGACAACCUGAGUUUUGUGAGCCUAUCACGAAAUGAAGAUUAUGAUGGCGGUGAUGAUGAUGAUGAUGAUGAUGAUGAUGAUGAUGAUGCCCAGAUUUUACCAUCACGUGUCCGGGCUUCUCCUGAGGACAACCCGAGUUUAGUAAGCCUACCACGAAGUGAAGAUGGUGAUUGUGGUGAUGAUGAUGAUGAGGAUGAUGAUGAUACCCAGAUUUUACCAUCACGUGUCCAGGGUUCUUCUGAGUACAACCUGAGUUUAGUGAGCCCACCACCAAGUGAAGAUUAUGAUUGUGAUGAUAAUGAGGAUGAUGAUGAUGUCCAGAUUUUACCAUCACGUGUCCAGGCUUGGCCUGAGGACCGCCUGUUUUUAAGAUGCUCACCACGAUACAAAGAUGAAGAAGAUGAUGAUGACGCUGAUUGUGAUGAUGACUGUGAUGAUGAUGAUGAUGAUGUCCAUAUAACAGCUUGGAAAGAAAAUGACUUGACGCUGGAGAGUAUAAGUGACGAGGAGACUUAUCCAGGUAGGGAACUACGUGCCAGGGAAAACCCAAUGGGAAAAGGUUCCCAGGAGCCUCAGGUUAUCCCUGCUGAUUGGGAGGAGGGGCUGAAGGAGGCGGUAUGAAAUCAGAAGGAAAAUGGAAAUAUGUGUGAGGUCUGGCUUGUUGUUCUCAGAGUUUCUUGGCAUCAUGGUAAGAACUGUCUCUAUGGGCUAUGGGGGUGCCGCGUUCAUGAGAGAUUCUCUUUGCAGUCCACCUGCUCUUUUCUGCCUGUGGAACAUCAGAACCUUUGGUUUGGAUUAGUCAGCCCUCCUAGGGAUUGUGCACAAGGGGUGUAGGCUUAAGCACUGGGUGUCAUCUGUGAUGAAGGGACUCUGGGGGACACAGCUCUCUCACAGGCAUUUCCUGGAACCUAGAGAGACAGUUCUUCUGCUGUGUGCCAAGGGGAAAUCGAGAAUCACCCUGUGAACUUUCAGGACUUGUUAGUGCACAUUCAUGUUUCUGUCCUCGCUGUGAGCUCCUGGUUUGAAGGGAUCUCCCGGGGUGGAUGGCAGGGUGAAUAUUCACUCUGGGCUCACUGGUAAAACUCCAGUCUCCUUUGAAGGGAGGAAGAAAGUUUAACCUUGAGCACAUUUCCAGCCUCCACUUCCCAACCCAAUCACAGAUUUUGAGAUGAGGUUUCUUUCUCCCCAGUUCUCUAAUUUUUGGGGAAGCCAAGAGUUCCUUCCCACAAAAGAUAGUAUCACACUAUUUCCUGUCUUCAAAAUUUUGGCUUUGGUUUUGGCUUUUAAGAUGAUAUUCAUCACUUAAG